AUGGAAAAAAUGAAGCUGGAGCUUUGUCCUGGAAGUCCCGGUGCCAAAUCGUGCAGCCCGCUGAAGCAGGAUUCCAUCAGGGAGAAUGGAUGCCAAGACCUGGAGGACUCGAAGGAGGGGAACUUCACUGGGGAAGGGGUUAAGACAGAUGACGCGCCUCUGCGGAACACGCGCAACGGGACCAUCAUCCUCAACGGCGUUGCCAAGGAAACCGCUUACGACGCCCUUGACCUGAAAAGGGAAGUACCAGUGAUCGAGCUCUUGAGGAGAGACGAUAUAAAGACGGGACAGCAGAGAACCGAGAGUCACACAGUACCGAUCACGGAGCUUCGCAGACCACCAGUGCCGUUGCCGCUGCCACACCGAGACGCGCUGAUCGACGCUCGAAUGGUUCAGCUGAGCCCAAACGCGUUCCCUCUCCCGGCGCGAGCGAUGCUCUUCAAUUUGGCGCAACCUCUCGCUGCCAUCAACAGGUAAAAUAAAAAAAAGCAUCAAAUAGCUUUAUGCAUUUGAAAAAUAUUAUCCUGAUUGCUCCCCCCACCUAAAUAAUAUAGCCUAUAAUUAUAGCCUAUAUAUGUCUAUAUGUUAUUCAUCUUCGUUUAUUUUUUAUUGCAGAAUAGGCCUAAUCCUUUGUAGGCUAUUACUUACAGGCAUAGCCUACAUCAAAACAUAUUUUCUAUAGCCUACCUAAAAACAUAAUAAAAAGAGAGACAGAAAAGUUAAUGUAAUAGCUUGUUAUCUAGGCUAUUGGCUCAUUCACCUUCACAUAGGUAUCUGUCAGAGCCUUCACCUCUAGGCUACCUGUGUUGAUUAAUUGCAGUCAGAUUUAUUUCCCUUGAUUAAUUUGAAUAGUGAGGAUUUCAGGUUAGUCUACUUGUGCCUAUAAUCCCCUUACACUUUAUGUGUUUUGGUUGCAAUUAUGGACACAGAGACCAUCUGUAUAUCAUAUAUUAUACAGGCUAUAAUAAGGCUAUCAAUUUCAUGAAAGAUUUUGGUAUUGCUUAUACAUCAUAUCGGUGAGCUGUUGUAUAUGUGCCUGUGUGUAAGUAAUAUGUGUGUAUGGUAGUGUGUGUACCUGUUUCUCAUAUCUAUUCUCUGCCACUAGUCUUGGAGGGGAGUCGGAACAGUACGGCAUGUACCCCAGCAACAGGGUAAAGCGCCGUCCUGCGCCUUACGAGGUUGAGCUCGACGAGGGUAGGCGCAUUUUAGAUCUUUAUAAGUAUGGUAAGACGCACCUCUGCUGUGUCCUCCUUCUGCUUACAGUCUUCUCCUCAAUCCUCUCCUCAUCUCAACGUCAUCCCAUUCCAUUUAUCCACCGACAUGACUGCAACAUGGGCAGGUAUUAAAGAAAAUAGGCUACUGACCACCCAUUUAUAGAGCACUCCUAAACAAAUCUCAAAAACUAGUCAAUGAUGUCAUAUAUGAUAUCUAUGGUUUUAGCUUAUUAGAAACAUCUGUAAUAUACAGCAUCUCAUUUUCUCUAUCACCCACUCAUAGUCAAAUAACAUAGGGGGAGGGUGGAGGGAGUUAGCUGCUACCUUGCCAAGGCUUUGCUGCAUAGUAAACUGGCAGAUUAAGGGAGGCUGGGUGUGUUCCAAGAGAAAUAAAUGGUGUACACCAAUGGGAUAUUAUAUUUGUCAAAUGCAUCCCACAGUUUCUGACGUGAGCCGCAGGUAUUGUUCAUCGGCUAUAUGUACCAUUAUAUAAAAAAACACAUUGGUAAAUAUAUGAUAAUGGUUACCAUACAUUUAUGGACUCGUAUCACCUAUCCCCACCACCACCAGACUGCACCUCUUAUCCCACUUUUGACAUCAGUGUAGCAAAGUCACGAUGUGCUCGCCAACCCAAUAAUGUAAUCGGUGUGCCAAACUCUGAAACCUCUUUACAUAUGGCAGAGCAUAGACAAAUACAUGUAUGCAGAUUGUAAAAGUGCCAUUGUCUAAAUAAGUCGGACAACUCACUGCGUAAUAUCUUGUGCUAGUGUUUAAGGAGUCCCACUUCUGGUUGCUUUACAAUACAUAACCAGCUCAUUAACCACAGCACCAUAUAGCUGUCUUCAGAAAUGGAAAAUGCAGUCACUCAUCACCACCUUUACGCUGGCUUCUGUCAUGCUACUGUUCUCAUUUUGUAUCUCACUCGACUCCUUUACCACCAUUAAAACAUUCUCAUCACUUAUCGCUUUUCAAUUUACUUUGUGAAGAGGAAGGCUUACAUCUAAAGUGACCACGUAAAUUCUGUAGCGCAGAUAAGAGAAACAUCAAGGUAGAAUUUGAGAGAAUAAGACAUUUGGACUGACUGAGUCUUACUCUUCAUUUGUGCAUCCCCUUUCCCACAUCCCGUAUCUUUCCCAUUACUCCUUUUUCUCCCCUCCCCUCCUCCUCUCGUCCGCCAGCUGGCCAACCAAAGAUCGUACGGCGGAUCUUCACCAACAGCCGGGAGCGUUGGCGGCAGCAGAACGUCAACGGGGCGUUCUCCGAGCUCCGCAAGCUCAUCCCCACCCACCCUCCGGACAAGAAGCUGAGCAAGAACGAGAUCCUGCGUCUGGCCAUGAAGUACAUUAGCUUCCUGUCCAACCUGCUGGAUGACCAGGACGGAGGGGCCACCGUGGGCGUGGAUGACGGGACAGGGCUGCUGGUGGGGGGCCGUGAGGGUGGACACCAGGGGCCCCGUCAGGAUGUGGUGGGACUGGCCACUGAGGACGACCUCCUCCUCCAGGGCACGUUGUCACCCGGGUCCAGCUGCGGGAGUCUUCCAGAUGGGGACGGCAGCCCCGAGAGCUUCACCGAGGACCAGGACUCACCUUCAGCCCCGAGAACUGUGCCCGUCCCGCGCGGUAGGGACCUACGACGCAAUGCACGGCCACAAGAUGGUGGCAGCCAGCGAUGA